AUGGACACUUCGAUACGAACGAUCAUGGAUUGCGCUCCCGGGAACACCAAACCACCCAUUCGAGAGCCGAACAUGCCCGAAAAGCAAGAGAAGAAAGACGAUAAAAAGGAUAAGAAGAAGAAAAAGAAACCCGUGAUACGCAUGGAAGGUGGAACGAUGAACGAUAGCCUGAAAACAAAGGACACCCUUCACGAUAACAUGGACGUGAACUUUCGUCAUCAGUGGGGCGUCAGACUUCCGGAAGAGGUGGAAAAGCUUCAAAGUAUGGAACUUCGUCAGCCAGAUGAUUCCAGUUUUCAAGUUCCCGUUUACGGUAGGAAGAAUUUACAGGUGGACAUGAGUUCUUCGAAGAAUUCCGAGGUGACUAUGGACACCAAGAAAGAGGAACAGACGGAAAAGAGAGAAACGGCCGAUUCGAGUAAUCUUAACCGGGGAACAGAGAGUUCGCGGUCCUCGACGAAGACCGCGAACGUUUCGUCGAGCCCGAUGGACGAGAGCAAUGCCGUCGACGAAGACUACAACGUUCCUGCGGGAACAAAGUUGGACGCGGAGGUCUCGGCUUGGAAGGAGCUGGUACUGAGAUCGAAAGUCCGUUUAGCUCCUUCGAAGGAAGAGCUCGUACCGGCGGAUGGAAGACGAGCCGAAAUGCUGUCCAUACGGCCAGAACCUCCACGCCCGAAAUUGGACGUGCAAGCUGUGCCCACGUCUAACGAACAACCGUCCAACGAAAUGGAAGACGAAGAUUUCUCGACGGACGUUCGUACAACCGUCAAAGGAGACACUGGUCGUACCGGAAAUUUUACGGACGUUCAGAAGUCGGAUAAAAGGAAAUUACACACUGGCUCGACUUACUCUAAGCGAAUAAAUACCGCACACUCGCGACGAUCACCUAGAUCGCGUGGCUUUCUUCCAGUUAUGGAAAACCUGAACAAUGCCAUCGGUUUUAUAAGCUCGCAAAGAACAUUCGAUUUUUCUACCAGCACCGACAGUAGCUGCCAACAAAACGAUCAGGCUACGGCGAAGGAAACGGAACAGUCACAAAACAUUCGGCAAACAGAGCCAGAAGACAGGUUCGAUCAGAGAUCGAGCAACAGGGUUACCGGCGAAGAUCGUGCAGACAACCGAGAGCCGAACGUUGCCAAUCGUCAAGAUUUAGCGGCAAACUUCGAGCAACAAACGCAAUCACGGAUAGAUUCGGAUUUGAAAGACAGUUUGAACAGAGUCACCGAUAGCGAGACGGAGAUUACGAUGAAUAGUUCGCGCGAGGAGAAUCAAGAUACGCGAGCAACGCGAAACCUCGAUGAAAAGGACGAGUCGCGUUCCUUGUCCGAUGAUUUUCAAAGUAGUUUCGACUACGCGAGUAUGCCUUACGAGGAUGAUUUUUAUCCCGCAUACGAAUCCGUGACUUUCGAACCUGUGCCAGAGAAGUCGAUCGACGAGAGAAGCAAGAAAUCCGAACAAGUCCCCGCCGCGUCGGGUAACGUCCAACGCAAGGAAACGAUCGUUGAUUCGCCGGAAGAACUAGAAUACGGGAAAGAAUAUGUUUCGGACGGCAAUUAUAUUAGAAUACCCGGCGAUCCUUAUCCUUACAGUCGAGAACAUUUUAACAAAUGGCGAUCGUACGAGAGAGAAAACCCAUCCAGACAAACCGACGUUCUUCCGUCGCUUCGGGAUAUGCAUACCGAUGCUCCUGUUUCUACCGAACACGGAGUAUCGGAUAAAGGUGUACAGACUCGAGAUACGAUGAAAACCGAGAAUCCGAUAAACGUGUCGAAUCCUUGUGUCCGUGUUGAAAAAUUAACAACGAUCGAAACCAAGCAUACGGAUAAUAGCAUGAAAAAUUCGGACAAAUCGAAAAUUUCUACCAAAGCGAGUCGCGUGGAAACUAUUCAACCAGAUAUUCGUCUUCCCAAUCACGAACUCGAUACGAAAACUUGGCAGCGAUUCAAGAAAAACAAAGCAACAACCCUAAUCCAGAAACCUAAAGUGAACCACAACGUAAAACAGAACGAAGAGCAUAAGCCGGAGGAUAUUGUUGCCCUGAGAAACGAACAGUUAUCGUGUACGUGGUUAAUAGCCGGUCUAUUACUUAAUAAUGUUGUAUAUAAUUUUGAAGCGGUGAGCAAAGACGAAAUCGUGAAAAUCUACGAAUCGAAGAAUUACGCGUAUCUUCGAGCCGAAGAAAUGAAAAAUUUUCACUUGAAAAUCACGAAAUCACGCGCGAACGGACACGAGACUACUCUCUAG